AUGGCAACAGUGAGGGAUUCUGUUUUGUUUUACGCUAAAGUGGAGAAGAUUGGAACGGAUGACACCAUCCUCUCCCGUAACGUUUUUGUCACCCCAUCAGCGCUGCUUGUCUGCCUUCCUGCGGGUGGAAUUACUCGGACCGUUUCCCUUGCCAAUAUUACGGAAAUUGAGCUUUCGAAGCAGGAAUUAGUUGGCAAGCCUUGCUGUAAGAUACAUGUGCGUGGCGAGGUACCAAUUAAUCUCAGUUUUGCAGAUCAAAGCGAUGCUGAUGACUUUUCAGAUGCCGUCUCUAAAGCUGCAAUUAACGUGCGGGUGGUAAACGUCGCUGUGGCGUCGGUACCGGAGAAAAAAAUUCGAUUAGACUUGUCGCAAACCGCUCCGAAAGGAGUGCACUUUUCAGCUCCACAAGACCCACCAGAGUCAUCACCUUCAUCGUUGGCUGCUGGGAACGACAAGUGGCGUCGGUUGUCGUCGCCAUCGUUUUCCGUUGGGCCGCCGAGUCGUUCCGGUGCCCAGACCGUCGCAAAACCCAUUGAAGCACUGGAGUUUACUGGGCCAACGUCAGCGGUGGGUCUAAAGGCGAAUGGAGAGCGUGAUAGCAUUAGAGACUCCGUGAUUCCCCUUGAAAACCACGUUUCUCCCUUUCGUCGUGAGGCAUUCCAUUAUCCCCACGCGAUGGGUAGCGCAGAUGGGAGGGCCAGCACUUCGGCCGGCGUGUACGACCUCGGGCACCAGACAACAGGAUCUCUGUAUACCAGCGAUAUAACGCGACCAGUGACGACUCUUGUCAGCCCAAAAUCUGGACAACCCUUUCAGUUGCAGGAGCGGUACGGUGAGACACUUGUUGAUCUUUGCGCUGAACGGGACUCAGUUGCAAAUAUGCAGCAGCGUUUUUCCAUGGAGUUGGAACUCCAAAAGGAGGCUGUGAGUCGUCUCACUGGCGAGCUCCAAGAAAAGAAUGCGUUCAUUGAUGAUCUGAAGACGGCACUGAGCUCACAGGAAGGUUUCUUUCAAGAGAUGCUUGUUUCGACAGAACAACUACGUUCGAUGGAAAAGACCAAGAGCCAGCUGGAGGAACAGGUGGAUGUGCUGCAGACGGAGGUGAAGCGCCUGGAGAAUCUCAAUAGGCAGAAGGAAUCCGAUCAUAGAAAGGUUCUGGCAACAAAACUUGCGGAACUUCAUGAGGCGCAUACCAAAGAAGUGGAAGAGUUGCGAGGGGCCUUUGCGCAGUACGAUGUUGAGAUGACGGAAUACGUUUCGGGUCUGUUGAAGGAGAGGGAUCACGAGGCACGCAAGGGGGAGGAGCAGGAACGACGACUCCAGAAACAAAUUGAAAGUCAACGAAAUGAAAUUGCGGAACUGAAGGGUGCUUUGGCCUCGCGACAACCCGCCCCGUCCGGCGUCGUUGCUUCUUCUGCUGACCCUACUGCUGCUGCUGCGUCGUAUGGAGCAAAGGAGGAGGCUAAAAGAGCCACAGUCGUCGAAUGGGCUAAUGGUUUGAAUGGAAACCUCACGGCAUCCUCAUCGCACCACGAGCGUGAAUUGCCGCAACCCUCGCGGUGGCCCAUAUCUCAUGCCGUCACAAUGCCACAAUUGGAGAUACGCCUAGCGUUAUUGGAGGAGGAACGGGCGCGUCUACGCUUGCGAGAAAAGCUGCGCCAUCGCAUCCAUAGGCGCGAGUAA